AUGGAGCUGUGGAAGCAACUGAGGCAGGCUGGACUGGUGCCCCCAGGGCUGGGCCCACCCCCGCGGGCCCUGAGGGUGGUGCCCCCAGUGAAGAGGGUGGAUCAGACCCUCAUGUUCCCAGGGGCUGACACUGGAGGUGCCAGGGAGAGUCUGCUGUGGCUCUGGAAGGAGCUGGUGAACCUCCGCCUAGUGGAUGUCCAGCUGCUGGGCAAGCUAUGCAGCCUGGGGUUGGAGAUGGAGGCACUUCUGGAGGAACUGAUCACCUUCCGGGAAGAGGAGGAGGACAGAGAGCUGGAAGGGAAGCAGGAGGGGGCCUGCGGUCCAGCCCCAGGUCACCGCCUCCCUGACUUUGAAAUGACUAUCUGA